AUGGUGACUCACCAUAGGGCGAGGUGUGCGGCUCUCCUGCGACUUCUGGAGUCUUCUGAUGAAUGGGUUAAAAGCCAUGAUAUUCUUUUGUUCUGGCAAGUGAAACCUGUUGUUCAUGUCUUUCAGCUUAGUGAGGAGGGACUAUGUGAGGAAUUAACUGCGGAUGGCCAGUUGUCUAGCUUUAAUGAAUGGAUCCUACCAGCUAAGGAAUUUGAUGGCAUGUGGGAAAGCUUAAACUAUGAAUAUGGCCUAAAGCAGCGGUUAUUGUGUUAUGCAGCUAGUGCAUUACUUUUUACUGAAAAGGGUGUUGAUCCUUUCCUUGUGUCAUGGAAUCGGUUGCAAAGCUUUUCCAAAAAAUUCAAGAAAUGGUGGAGGAAGAACGCAAUCCGGUAUUUGCUCUAA